AUGGCGCAACGCAAGCCGUUGGCGACGUCACUCGUCCAAGCCUUGGAGCAGCUGCAAUCGCCGGCGUAUGCCAAGAAGGUCGAGCGCUUCUUCCUCCGGGCGUACUGCCCGAAUGACGUCUUUGUGGGUCUUCGCGUGCCCCAAUGCCGCGACGCGCUCCAAAAGCACUUGGCAACCACGUCAAAGAAUGAGAUUCUAGAGUUGCUUCGUGAUCCGCGGCACGAGAUGCGUCUCACGGGGUUGAUCGCACUCACCGAGGUGUACGCGCGCCCGUCCAAGGCGCCGCAGUGGCAGCCAGCUCCCUCGCAUGACGACGUUCGACUUGAGGUGCGUCGCGUGCUCCUGGCGCACGCCGCGUUCUGCAACAAUUGGGACCUCGUGGACACGUGCUGCCACAAAAUUUUGGGCCACUCGUUGCUCCAUUUCGAGACGGCGGCUAUCGACGCCUUCCUCUCUCGGCCGGACGACAUAACACUUCUUCCGGACUGGUACAGCGCGCUGCUCACGUCCAGCGAUCUCUGGGAGACGCGCAUGUCAAUCGUCUCGCUGCUUGGCGUCAGAGCCGACAACGUCGCACUCUCGUAUGCCGUGUGCGCCUACCACAUUCGCCGCUUCCACGACGCACCGGCGCUGCGCUGCACGCUCAACGGCGUCGCUUUCGAGAGCUUAGAUUUGAUCCACAAGGCCCUGGGUUGGGUCCUCCGCGAAAACGGCAAGGAAGGCAAGGCCCAACUCGAGACAUUCCUCAACGAGUUUGCUCCCAAAGCAGCGAAGACCACGGUGCGCUACGCCACCGAGCACCUCUCCAAGGCUAAGGCCAAGCGGUACGUCGCGAUGGCCACCUAG